UCUUUAACUAGGCAAGUCAGUUAAGAACAAAUUCAUACUUUCAAUGACGGCAUAGGGGUUAACUGCCUUGUUCAGGGGCAGAACGACAGAUUUUAACCUUGCCAGCUCGGUAAUUCGAUCUUGCAAUCUUUCGGUUAACGUUACUAGUCCAACGCUAGGCUACCCGCCGCCCCGUGCCAAUUUGAGUUAGUGUACUGUGCACAAUCAACACAGGAAAGCAGAAUUCCAACCUUGGAACUGGAAAUUGUGUGUUAUGAGAGUGCUAAUAGGAGGAGGAUCUGGGUUUGUGGGAAGAGAGCUGACUCGUUUACUCAAAAACAAAGGUCAUGAAGUCACAAUAAUAUCUCGACAGCCAGGUCUGGGAAAGAUCACAUGGGGUGAAUUGGAGUCUGGUGGCCUCCCACCAUGUGAGGCUGCUGUCAAUCUGUCUGGGGAGAAUCUUAUGAACCCACUGCGAUGGUGGAAUGAGGGCUAUAGGAAGGAUCUGUUCUCCAGUCGGGUUGACACAACCACAAUUCUGGCUCAAGCCAUUGCUGGGUCCCCCAGUCCCCCUCAUGCUUGGGUCCUAGUCACAGGUGUAGCAUGUUAUAAACCCAGUCUAACAGCUCAGUACACAGAAGACAGUGAGUGGACGCCAUUUGACCUCCUGUCAAGACUGGUGAAGGAAUGGGAGUGGGCGGGGCGUCUUCCUGAAAACAUUGCACAGAAUACCAGACAAGUAGUAAUCAGACCAGGGGUAGUACUGGGUCGUGAUGGUGGUGCCAUGAAGCAGAUGAUGACUCCUUUCUGGCUAGGCCUUGGAGGCACGUUGGGGUCUGGCAGACAACCAUUCCCCUGGAUCCAUGUCUCUGACCUGGCUGGAAUCAUCGCUCAUGCCCUGAAGCCCUCUCCCGACACCCCCUCUGCUGUCCCUCAAGUGUUUAACGGUGUUGCCCCAGCACUGAACACCAAUUACGAGUUCACCAAAGAGCUGGGCCGGGUUCUGAGGAGACCCACUGUCUUCCCUGUGCCUGGAUUUGUCAUUGAUGCCCUAAUGGGUUCAGAGAGAGCCAUAGUGCUAACCCAGGGUCAGAAAGUAGAACCCAAGAGGACUCUGGAGUCAGGCUUUCAGUACCAGUACCCAGACCUGAGCUCUGCCCUGAAGGAGAUUGUUGAGAGCUAGAUGUGAAACAGGAGAUGUCAAGAGACUGAAGAGAUUAGAUUUUGUAACAUGAGAGAACUUCACUGAUGUGAGCUUUUUUCCUGAAUAAAUAUGAUGGACCCUGUCUUUCAAAAAGUG